AUGGCACGAUCAGUUUUGGUCUUAGCGCCGUCCUCUGCGCUUACUGAAGAGCCAGACACUCUUCGUCUCCCACCUGGACCAAUUCCUAAUCCUCCUCCUCCCUCUCAGCCUCCGCCGCCAUAUGCACAGCCAUUCCUCCUCCCUUUGCCAUCAUCUUCCCCCUCUGUUGCUGGACAGUCCCAACCCUCCACUCUGGUCCCGCCCAUUUUGCCACCCUCUGUUUCCGCUAUCUCCUCUCCUGUGUCAGUGCAUACUUGUCCCCACCUCCUGGCUUUUAGGGAACUUGCAGAGGCUGAGGGUGUGUCCAUGUUCCGUUUUUCCUCCAAGAACUGUCCCAAAUUGAAAAUUGUCUUGGGAAACAUUGCGGUUCCAGCGGUAUUCAGUGAGCUCUCCCUGACCCUUGAAAAUCUGGGAACAAGGUGUAAAUCUAGCGCCGGGCUGCACCCAUAUCCGCAGCAGCUCUCCAAGGUGAACAGCCUCUGGCAUGUUGGAAGAAUGCAGGCCGCCUACCGUAUUGCCCUGCAGGCCUUCAGCGCUGACACCCGCCUGCCGGAGCUCCAGGCUGAGGCCCAGCAGCAGUGUGGGUGGGAUGUGGCCGACCUGGGGGGCUUCCGGCCCCUGUGCUCCAAUCGGGUUGGGCUCCUACUGCCCUCAGCGCCCCCCUCAGGGACCAGGAGCCUCCAGAGACCCAUUAGGGACUCCUGGAACUGGAGCCUGGCUAGACCCCUGAGGUCCACAGGCAGCCCGGCCUCCCUGGCCAGCAACUUGAAAAUCAGCCAGUCACCCACCAUGGCCCUCCUCACCCAGCCCACCAGGACCCCAGGGCCCAGCAAGCUCUGCCACCAGCCCGCAGCCAGCCUGCGGGGUGAGUCUGUUCCCAUGGGCCACCAGGAGCCGCAGCAGGUCAGCUGGCCGCCCUCUGUGCAGACUGACCCUCCCCAGGAGCUGCCGGACUGUCCAGCCCCCCAUGUGCCUGUGGUGGACCCUGGUCCAGGUCUCCCCCACCAUUCAGCACCUCCAGAACCCAGAGCUCACUGUCUGGUGGAGUGCUCCGAGGUUGAAGCACACCCCUCUCCUCCCACACCUGCCCAGUCUCUCUCCCCACCCACCCCGGAGCCCCCCAGGGAUCCCAGCCAGGAUAGAACACUGCUCUCAGGUCCAGGAGGUGACAUGGCCUCUCAGAAAACCAGGCUGAAAUCCCCUCCUCCCCAGGCCCCCCAAAUGCCCUCUCCAUCUUCUUCGUCUUCCCUCCCAAGCGCGACUCCUGAGUCGUCAUCUUCCAGCCUGCUGCUUGUCCGCCAGAAGCUGGAGGCCCUGGGCGUGCCCGACCUGGCCACCUUCUGCGAGGACUUCCAGGUGCCAGGGUGCAGCGAGCUGAGCUGCCUGCAGGAUGCCAUCGACCGCUGCACCUUCACCGUUCUGCUGCUCACACAGAACUUUGACUGCCGCCUGAGCCUGCACCAGGUCACCCAGGCCCUGAUGAGCAGCUUCGGUGAGCAAGGCUGGCAGGAAUCCGUGGUGCCCUUCCAGCCCCUGGACACACUCUGGCUCACCUCCGACGUGUCCCUCCUGCUCCCCGGCCUCCUGCCCCUGGAUGAGCACUCGGGAUGCUUUCUUAAUUCCCGGCAGCUACAUGAAUCAGGAGAAGCAUCCAGCUUUUACAUCUGA